AUGGUGCAGCAGGCGGAGAGCCUGGAAGCGGAUAGCAACCUGCCCCGGGAGGCGCUGGACACGGAGGAGGGCGAAUUCAUGGCGUGCAGCCCGGUGGCCCUGGACGAGAGCGACCCGGACUGGUGCAAGACGGCGUCGGGCCACAUCAAGCGGCCGAUGAACGCGUUCAUGGUGUGGUCCAAGAUCGAGCGCAGGAAGAUCAUGGAGCAGUCGCCGGACAUGCACAACGCCGAGAUCUCCAAGAGGCUGGGCAAGCGCUGGAAGAUGCUGAAAGACAGCGAGAAGAUCCCGUUCAUCCGGGAGGCGGAGCGGCUGCGGCUGAAGCACAUGGCCGACUACCCCGACUACAAGUACCGGCCGCGGAAAAAGCCCAAGAUGGACCCCUCGGCCAAGCCCAGCGCCGGCCAGAGCCCCGAGAAGACCGCGGCGGGCGGCGGCGGCGGCGGCGGCGGCGGCGGCGCGGGCGCGGGCGCGGGCGGCGCCAAGGCCUCCAAGGGCUCCAGCAAGAAGUGCGGCAAGCUCAAGGCGCCCGCGGCCGGCGGCGCCAAGGCCGGCGCGGGCAAGGCGGCGCAGGCCGGGGACUACGGCGGCGCGAGCGACGACUACGCGGCGGGCGGCCUGCGCGCGAGCGGCGCGGGCAAGACGGUCAAGUGCGUGUUCCUGGACGACGACGACGACGACGAGGACGACGACGACGAGCUGCCGCUGCGCCUCAAGCAGGAGGCGGACGACGACGACGAGGAGGCGCCGCACGCGCAGCUCCUGCAGCCGCCCGGGCAGCCGCAGCCGCAGCCGCCGCUGCUGAGACGCUACAACGUGGCCAAGGUGCCCGCCAGCCCCACGCUGAGCAGCGCGGCCGAGUCCCCCGAGGGCGCCAGCCUGUACGACGAGGUGCGCGCGGGCGCCGCGGCGGCGGGCGCGGGGGCCGGCAGCCGCCUCUACUACAGCUUCAAGAACAUCACCAAGCAGCAGCCGCCGCCGCCGCUGGCGCAGCCCGCGCUCUCGCCCGCGUCCGCGCGCUCCGUCUCCACCUCGUCGUCGUCGUCGUCGUCCGGCGGCGGCGGCGGCGGCGGCGAGGACGCCGACGACCUCCUGUUCGACCUGAGCCUGAAUUUCUCGCAGAGCGCGCACGGCGCCGGCGAGCAGCCGCUGGGCGGCGGCGCGGCGGCCGGGAACCUGGCGCUGUCGCUGGUGGACAAGGACUUGGACUCGUUCAGCGAGGGCAGCCUGGGCUCGCACUUCGAGUUCCCCGACUACUGCACGCCCGAGCUCAGCGAGAUGAUCGCGGGCGACUGGCUGGAGGCCAACUUCUCCGACCUGGUGUUCACCUACUGA